UUCAGAGCAGGAAGCGGAAGUGUUGCACACACGCUUGUCUCUGUGCUCUCGUUCAUUCAUAAGAACAGUGUUUAGUGUGAUAGUAAUAAUCAGCAUGAUAAAGGAGAAUCGUUGGGUUAUUCCUGUAAACGCUCCGGCGUGUAUGGAGAGACAUCUGGACGCUGUACAUUACAGAGCCGAUGGGACACUUUUGCUUGCCGCCUCCAGUCUGACGGGUCGGUGUUGGCAGGGCUCUCUGUGGGUGUACAGUGACCCUAAACUGGCCCCCAGUGAGGGCUUCUGUAAGGCGGGCGUACAGACCGAAGCGGGAAUCACUGAUGCCAGAUGGAUCUCUGAUAGAGCCGUGCUGCUGGCGUCAGAUGCAGGUUCAGUGGAGUUGUGGACUCUGGCUGAAGACGAGCGUCUGCUGAUGAACAAGUUCACUCAUAAUGAGCAUGAUGACGUUGUGACGUCCGUCAGCGUGACUGCAGGUGGUCAGUACGCCGUCAGUGGUAGUCUGGACUGCAGCAUUAAAGUGUGGGAUCUCAAUCAGGAGGCUGUGAUCAACUCGUAUAAUGCUCACUCGGAGCCGGUCAGCUGUGUGUCGUGUUCACCGCUCGAUGAGUCUCUCUUUCUGUCCUGUGCUCAGGACGGCCGACUGCUGCUGUGGGACCGACGGAAACCCAAACCUGCCACCCGCCUGGAUGUGGUCUCUCCGAGCUGCAGUCCCACUUCUGUCGUCUGGCACCCUCAUCAAAGCAGCACCAUUGUGUACGGUGAUGAGUUGGGUCGAGUGACCAUUCAGGACCUCCAGACGUUAGACGGCAGACAGACGGCGAACAUUCACAAUCGUAGGGUUUCCAGACUGAUGUUUUCCUCAGACAGUUCACCUCUCUUGGCCUCGGUCAGUGAUGAUUGCUCUGUUGCCGUGGUUACUGCCGAGCUCAGAGAAAUUUAUCGGGACAGAAGGCAUCAGGAUUUCGUGCGUGCCGUGUGUUGGGUUCCCGGCGGGUCGGCCGUGUUGACCACAGCGGGGUGGGACCAUCAGGUGCUUCAUCACAGCGUGGGCCAAUCACAACCCUAGACGACA